GCUGCCCUUCCAAAGGCCACUGUACUGGAUCUGUCCUGCAAUAAACUGAGUACUCUACCGUCGGAUUUCUGUGGCCUCACACACCUGGUGAAGCUGGACCUGAGUAAGAACAAGCUGCAGCAUCUGCCGGCAGACUUUGGUCGUCUGGUCAACCUCCAGCACCUGGAUCUCCUCAACAACAGGCUAGUCACCCUGCCUGUCAGCUUUGCUCAGCUCAAGAAUCUGAAGUGGCUGGACCUGAAGGAUAACCCCCUAGAUCCUGUCCUGGCCAAAGUGGCAGGCGAUUGCUUGGAUGAGAAGCAGUGUAAGCAGUGUGCAAACAAGGUGUUACAGCACAUGAAGGCUGUGCAGGCAGAUCAGGAGCGCGAGAGGCAGCGGCGGCUGGAAGCAGAACGAGAGGCAGAGAAGAAGCGGGAGGCUAAGCAGCGAGCUAAGGAAGCUCAGGAGCGGGAAGUGCGGAAGCGGGAAAAGGCGGAAGAGAAGGAGCGUCGCAGAAAGGAGUAUGAUGCCCUCAAAGCAGCCAAGCGGGAACAAGAGAAGAAACCUAAGAAGGAAACAAAUCAGGCCCCAAAAUCUAAGUCUGGCUCCCGGCCCCGCAAGCCACCACCCCGGAAACAUCCCCGGUCCUGGGCUGUGCUGAAGCUGCUGCUGCUUCUGCUGUUGCUGUGUGUGGCAGGUGGGCUGGUUGCUUGUCGGGUGACAGAGCUGCAGCAGCAGCCCUUCUGCACCAGCCUGAACACCAUCUAUGACAAUGCAGUCCAGAGUCUGCGGCGCCAUGAGAUCCUCCAGUGGGUUCUCCAGACCGACUCUAAGCAGUGAGCUUGUCCUCAGCACCUGCUGCCUCCCAGCCUUGGAGCUUGGAUUCCUAUGGAAUUGGGUUCUGCUGGACACAACCUCUUUUUAGCAUCAGGCCUACCUGCCAUCAUCAAAUGGCUGCCAAUUGGUACUUGAGACCUCCUCUUUGUAGGACUUCUUUGUUCCUUAGGGUUCCCUGGUGGAAUGAAGAGAAAUGGGAGGUGGGGGAUAUAUACCUGCAUGCCUAAUGGAAUAGGCUUGGGGUUGGGGAGAGAGAAAACAUAGCCUUUUCUAGUUAUACAAAGCUGUGUAAAGGCAAGGCUUGUGUCUACUAAAUGGUCAGCUGUCACUACAUUUAUACUUUUGUAUGUCACAAACCCUCUUUCAUUCCUCCCUGGGUAACCAGGGCAGAUCAGGAGGCAGUAUGUUUUGGGGAUUAGGGGAACACCAUACUCAGCAAAUUCAGCCUAAAUUGUGGGGAGGAGUGUACCUAUUUUCUUAAGGACCUCAGACAUUCAAGUAUUUUAGUGACCAUAACAAAAUCUCCAGCUGUGAAAGGGACUUCGACCAAACAGUCCAAUAUAACACUUGCAGACAGAGAAACCGGGGUCUUCUGCGACUUGCCUAUGGUCUCCCAGCUAUUUUGAGGCAGAACUGGACUCCUAUUCUGGUAUUCUUUCUUUCCUUUACAUCAUUUUGCCUACUUUAUAAUGUCCUGAGAGAACAGAUCCCACACUAGAAUUGAAUAUGUUUUAGCCGAAGUAUAGGAUCUUUCACGGUAGACAGAUUCAUACUCACAAACAGAAAUCUCAUGCUAUCAGGGUCUUGGACAGCUCCUGUGGAGUUCUGCCCCAGCUUAUGUGGCUUCCAUAAAAUGGCAGCAGUCCAGGCUCCUUGCCUCAAUUUUAGAGCAUUAACUUGCUGAUUGCCACUAAGCAAGGAGGUGGAUCUCUGCAAAGCUACAUUGUCUAUGACAGCUCUGUUAGCACUUGGUGUGAUUAAAUACCUCAAAGGCAACCUGAAGACUCAGCUUCAUAGACACAGGUUUAGAAUUGAUUCGAGACCUGUAAUGAAGGGAAUGAAUGAGUGGAAAUGAGUAGGAAGUGAAGGGAAGCAAGUUGCACCAGGGAGCUGAAAAGUGGCACAUUAACUGAUGACUAGCACAAAGAAGGGCAGCACUGUGAUUCUUUUGUCUGCUAGAUUGAGCAUGUUCUUGCCUCGUUUGCUUCUUCUUUUCCCAACAGCUGGAUGAAGGAAUCAGAAAUGACUGUUAUGGUGCUCGUUCAAGCUCCUUGCCUCCCUGCAAGGAGCAAGAAUCUGUCAUAGUUCAGAGACAAGGAGGGCAAAGUCCAGCUUUUUGGCCCUGGUGGCCCAUUUGGAUAGGACUUCCACUCAUGACUGUCCUGAUACUGGAAGAAAGGACUUUCUCUCCCCACCCCAAGGAUAGCUCUACUGCCUAGGUCCACAUCUUACUCAAAAUCACUACACAUUCCUUUAGUCUUCCUCAAGCUCCAGAGCUGUUGGUACAAAUGCUUUAUUGAAACUAAACACAUAUUACAUAAGAUGAGAAUAAGAUAAUACAGAAGUCAGCAUAGUCAUCACACCCUAUUCCUUGGCUGGUCGAGGCAGUUCUGUGGCUGAGCCUAGUCAAGCCAACCCACAGGCGACAGUUCACUCAUGUCUUUGAGAUUUGAUGCUAAUUCUUUUGGAUUUCUACAAUUAUUAAAUACGUGUCUGAGUG